AGAGAGAGAGCGAGAGAUAGAAAAGCCACUCUGCCGAAGUCUUUUUUCAUUUAAUUUGAUUUAUUUGUCAAUUUAAAAACAAAGUUUAGCCACAGAAGUAAGCCUUCCCUGCAUUACAAAUUAUUGAGGACAACAACACUAAAAAACUUAUUUCCAUUGUGGUCCUCUGACCACAACCAUCUACUAUAACCGUCAUGGAUGAUGAACGAGUGGGGACCUUUGUGUCGUUGGACUAUGUCGUAUUCGCAUGUCUGUUCGUGGUCUCCUCAGGGAUAGGGGUGUUCUUCGCGGUGAAGGAGAGGAAGAACCCCUCAUCGGAGUUCCUGGUAGGGGGUCGUCAGAUGACCUUUGGUCCCGUGGCCCUGUCCCUCACCGCCAGCUUCAUGUCUGCUGUCACCGUGCUGGGGGCGCCCUCCGACGUCUACCGCUUUGGGGGGUCGUUCAUCCUCUUCGGCGUGGCCUACACCUUUGUGGUUAUCGCUACAGCUGAACUGUUUGUGCCGGUGUUCUACAGAUCGGGGAUCACGAGUACCUACGAGUAUUUAGAGAUGCGGUUCUGUAAGGGGGUCCGCAUGGCUGCCACUCUGAUUUAUAUUGUGCAGACGAUCUUAUACACAGGGGUGGUAGUGUAUGCUCCUGCCUUGGCCCUCAAUCAAGUCACUGGCUUCAACCUUUGGGGUUCUAUAUUCGCAACAGGCAUUGUGUGCACGUUCUACUGCACACUGGGUGGGCUGAAGGCAGUGGUGUGGACAGAUGCGUUCCAGAUGGUGGUGAUGGUGGUGGGCUUCAUGACCGUGCUGGUCCAGGGGACACGGAAGACAGGGGGCGCAGCCUCCGUGUGGGAGGUGGCUAAGACGGGAAACAGACUCGACAUCUUUGACUUUGACCCAGACCCUCUGAGACGCCAUACGUUCUGGACCAUCUCUAUUGGGGGAACCUUUACCUGGCUGGGCAUCUACGGGGUUAACCAGUCAACUAUACAGAGAUGCAUCUCCUGCAAAACUGAGACACACGCCAGACUAGCUCUGUACUUCAACCUGCUGGGUCUGCUGGUCAUCCUGGUGUGUGCGGUGUUCUCCGGUCUCAUCAUGUAUGCUUUCUACGCCCACUGUGAUCCAUGGACCGCCCAGUCAGUCACAGCAGCAGACCAGCUUAUGCCGUAUUUUGUCAUGGAGAUUCUGGGGGAGUAUCCUGGACUUCCUGGGCUGUUUGUUGCCUGUGCCUUCAGCGGAACACUCAGUACUGUGGCAGCCAGCAUCAACGCCCUAGCCACGGUGACCUAUGAAGACUUUGUUAAGCAGUGUUGUACUAACCUCUCCAACAAAGCCAGCGGCUGGAUCAGCAAAGGACUGUGUAUCGCGUUCGGCAUAGCCUGCACCACCAUGGCAGUUGCUGCAUCCUACAUGGGAGGGAUUGUACAGGCGGCUCUGAGUAUCCAUGGUAUGUGCGGCGGCCCCAUGCUGGGCCUCUUCUCUCUGGGAAUCGUCUUCCCCUGGACCAACUCUAUGGGAGCAGCGGGUGGUCUGGCAGUGGGAAUCUCCCUGUCGUUCUGGGCAGGUGUUGGAGCGUUCAUCUACCCUGCACUAGACAUCAACACCAGGCCUCUGUCUCUCAGCACAGAGGGAUGUGUUCAACCAAACUCAUCUGUCCACACCACCACUGAUCCACCUUCUUACCUGGACCCUUCCACUCUACCACCAAGAUCACUCCUGGCUGAUCACUGGUACUCCAUGUCCUAUCUGUACUAUAGUGCUGUUGGAUUUCUAGCCACUGUUACUGCUGGCCUGCUUAUCUCCUUCAUCACAGGACACACCAGGAGUCAAGAUGUGAAACCGUGGCUCCUACGACCGGUGUGUAACCUCUUCUGCUUUUGGUCGAAGAAGUACAAGAAGAUGUGCUGGUGUGGCGUCAACCACGAGUUAAAACAGGACAUGGAGGACCCAGACACAGACACUGUUAAAGAUGAAGGUCCCUUCGUCAAGGAAGAUACCGGCAGAAAUGGGACGAAGAGGAAAGUACAGCCUGCCCAAAACUGCUAUAACCUGCAAGAGAAAGUAUAUGACAACGUCGGCUUUACCGAAGACACACAGCCUUUUUAAAAGCCAUAGAAAUAGAAUUACUAGCCAGUGUAAUACUACUGUACUAUCAUACUACUGUAGUAUAAUACUACUGAAAUAUAAUAAUGACUGUAAUUCUAUGUGUAAUGUUAAAAGCAUUACGUUUAGUCUCUGAAAGGUAAUAAACUGCUUAGAUGAUUGGUGACUACAUGAUAAAAGCAGCUACACCCACUCUCUCCUCCAACUCUCUCCUCCCACUCUCUCCUCCAACUCUCUCCUCCCACUCUCUCCUCCAACUCUCU